AUGCCCGAUUACAGAAAAGGAGAAAAAGUCCGCUACAAGCCUGUUGGAGGCCCCGAGUCCAAAACCUCCGAGGCUGUCGGCAUCAUUCGCGAGGUCUCCACUAAGCCAACUCAAAUGACGGGUCGCAAUGUAGCUGCUUCGGAAGACGAGCCACGGUACACGAUUGAGAAUGCGCGUACGCAUAAGCAGUCGGCUAUCAAAGAGUCGAAUAUCUUGGGGCCUGAAGAGUAG